AUGGGCUUAUCAGGCCCCUACGUUGCCGCGCAUCUCGACCCUCAUGGUGCCGGAGAUGCACGACCAACCGCCCUUCAAAUCAUACAAGAUGAGGGAGUGGAGGGCAAGCUGGUUGGCAAGGUCAUUGUUAUCACUGGAGCCACAUCGGGUAUUGGUGUCGAGACAGCUCGUGCCUUAUCGGCCACCGGGGCCACUCUGCUCCUAACAGCCCGCAACCGAUCCGAGGCUGAAAAGAACCUUGCCGGGAUUCUGGAACCCGGCAGAGUCUCGCUGAUCGACUUGGAUCUGCAAUCAUUUGCGAGCAUUCGUGCCGGGGCCAAAGAAAUCCUUGCUAUGUGCAAGGGCCAGGUCAAUAUUCUUAUCAACGGCGCGGGUGUCAUGGGCCUCCAAAACCAUACGGUCACUGAAGAUGGUAUUGAGGCACAAUUUGCUGGCAACUAUCUAGGAUUCUUCCUCCUCUUUCAACUUCUGAAGGAAGCUUUGUUAGCCAGUGUGACCCCAGCGCUUAAUUCGCGCGUUGUGGUCGUGGCUUCAUCUGCACAUCGAGCUGCCACCCUCCCAAAUCGCGACAAUUACAACUUCGAAAAUGGCGGAUAUGACCAUAAAAUUGCCUACAACAAUGCUAAGCUAGCAGCGGUAUAUUUGGCCAAUACCAUCGAGCGGUUAUAUGGCGCCCAGGGAUUACAUGCUACCAGUCUCCACCCCGGGGCGAUCAACACUGAUAUAUCCCGCAACAUGCCUCCCGAAGUUUUAGAGGCUAUGAUGACCAACCCUUACAUUCUGAAGAUCUUGAAAUCUUCCCAACAGGGGGCAGCUACGACUGUGUGGGCGGCUGUGGGCAAGGAAUGGGAGGCAAAGGGUGGCAAAUAUCUUGAGGACUGCAAGGAAGCGGACCGUGGCGAGGAUGAUAGCCAAGUUUUUGGUGCGGGAUGGGUGAAACAAACAUAUAACCCCGAGGAAGAGGAUCGUCUCUGGAAGGAUUCUGUUGAGAUAGUCGGAAUGGAGAGUGGAGCUUAA